ACAACAGUCUCCCAGAUUGGACACAUCAUCAAGCAAGCCUGUUUGUGCAAAGAAGGGAAGUCAAGAACAUAGACAAGAUGUCAGAACUGGAAACGGCCAUGGGAAUGCUCAUUGAUGUCUUUGACCGGUAUGCAGGGACUGACGGUAAUAAAGAGACUCUCACUAAAGGGGAACUAAAGACACUCAUGGAAAAAGAGUUCCCAAACUUUGUUAAGAAUGGGAAGAAUAAUGAGGUAGUUGAUAAACUAUUUGCGGACCUGGAUAACAAUGGGGAUUCUCAAGUGGACUUCAAUGAGUUCGUGGUCUUUGUGGCUGCCCUGACUUCUGCCUGUCAUAAGUACUGUCACCAGAAAGGACCCAAGUGAUUCUAGACCGGCCAACAACAGAUGACAGAAUCUUGCUGAAUGGAAUAAUGCACUAUUUAGAAUUAAAAGGCUUUGUCUGAUAACAA